ACCAUGGACGACAAACUGCAUUUUUAAACGUCACGUCAAAAGUCGUGCGGUGUGUAUUCCGGUAUGUAAUUAGUAAAAUUAGCUGCAAGCUAGGAUGAUAUGAAGCCUAUGGUUGCAAAACGCUAAAUGACGCGUGGAUGCACUGGUGCACUUGUUGAAAUUUACAGUCGUCCAGCCAACCAUGACAGACGGAUCGUUUUCAUCCGAAACAAACUUGAUUUUAACCUACACAGGCCCCGCAGACCAGAAAAUAAGCCAGAACUGGAAUCACUUAUAAUGAGCGUUACCCUACGAUGUUAUCCCGACGAGUGUAAAUACGACAGUUUGGCAGAUGGACACCCACGUAACCUACAUUCAACCGAAGGAAUUAAAGAAGCGAACUCCUACAGAUAGUAUACGGAGCAGCCUCUGAGCGUGACCCUUCCCAGCCGCCAGCAUGAACUACCUGCGCAGACGCCUGUCGGACAGCAGCUUCGUGGCCAACCUGCCCAACGGCUACAUGAUGGACCUGCAGCGGCCGGCGGGGCCGUCCAGCUCGCCCGUGUCCCCGGCCAGCGAGCGCCGGCCGCAGCACCAGCAGGGGGCGCCGCCGCCGCCGGCCUCGUCCACCUCCGCCGGCUUCCUCAGCUCGCUGUCCAGCGUGGUGAAGAGCAGCCAGGCCGCCCCCGCCGCCGCCGCCCAGGCCACACCCCCCGCCGCAGCUCCGCCCCCUCCCGCCGCCCCGCCCGCCCCCCGCAAGCCUAAAGUCCUGCUGAUCAUCGAUGAUCCGCACACAGACUGGUCCAAGUACUUCCGUGGGAGAAAGCUGAACGGGGAGUACGAAAUCCGAGUGGAGCAGGCCGAGUUCUCGGAGAUAAACCUGGCGUCCUGUGUCAACGGCGGCUGUGUGGUAGACAUGCAGACCAUGAGGGGCGGGACCAGGGUGGUCAGGUCCUUCAAGCCAGACUUCAUCCUGAUUCGCCAGCACGCCUACAGCAUGACCCCGGGGGAGGACUUCCGCAGCCUGGUGAUUGGCCUGCAGUUCGGGGGCGUGCCCAGCGUGAACUCUCUCCUCUCCAUCUACAACUUCUGCAGCAAGCCGUGGGUGUUUUCUCACAUGAUCAAACUCUUCCAAUCGCUGGGCCCAGAGAAAUUUCCCCUGAAUGAGCAAACCUUCUAUCCCAACCACAGGCAGAUGCUGUCGACGCCCGCGUUCCCGGUGGUGGUGAAGAUGGGGCACGCCCAUUCCGGAAUGGGAAAGAUAAAAGUUGAGAACCACUAUGACUUCCAGGAUAUAACCAGCGUGGUUGCGCUGGCCAAGACGUACGCCACUUCAGAGCCCUACAUCGACUCCAAGUACGACAUCAGGGUCCAGAAGAUCGGCAGCAAUUACAAGGCCUACAUGAGAACGUCCAUCUCAGGCAACUGGAAAGCCAACACGGGCUCCGCUAUGCUGGAGCAGAUAGCAAUGACAGACAGGUACCGGCUGUGGGUGGACUCCUGCGCGGAGAUGUUCGGGGGCCUGGACAUCUGCGCGGUCAAGGCGGUUCACGGCAAGGACGGCAGCGACUACAUCAUCGAGGUGAUGGACAGCUCCAUGCCUCUGAUUGGAGAGCACGUGGAGGAGGACAAGCAGCUCAUCACAGACCUGGUGGUGAACAAGAUGAGCUUACUGCUGACCGGGGCCGCGUCCCCCCCGCAUACCUCAGCCAAGCAGGCCUGGCCCGGACCUCUGACCAUGCAGCCUCGCCGGGGACAAGGUGUGGCCCGAUCGCGGGGUACCUCCCCCUCAGCUCAGGGGUCCCCCCAGCGCGCCCGAUCCGCCACCACCUCCCCCAGCCAAGCCUUCCAGCCUGGACCAAUCCCAGCAUCCUCCGGGCCAGGGGCGGGCCCUCAGCUCAACAAAUCUCAGUCGCUCACCAAUGCCUUCAGCGUGGGGGAGGCGCUGCGCGGGAACGCCAGCGAGGACGAGGCCAAGGCCGAGACCAUCCGCAGCCUGCGCCAGUCCUUCGCCAGCCUCUUCUCCGACUAGGCCCCGCCCCCUCCUCGCCUCCGCCGCUGUGAGGACCAACCACGGGAAAAAAACCCAGGAGGGGGGAGGAGGGUCGGGGCGGGGCGGGGCGGGGCGGGGCGGGCGGGGGGGUCGACCUGUCUCUGGGACACCCAGACCUGCAGAGAGGGAACUUCCUGUCCUCUGUUUCCUCUUCCUGUUCUCUCCCCCCCCCACACACACGCACUCGCACACCAGCUGGUAGGGUGCCCCGCUUAGUGGAGCUGGCGGUGGACAGAGACAGGCUUUUGGAAGUUGGGAUGAGGCAGUUUCAUACACGUCAGCUGAAUUCAUAUUCACCGUAGUUUUCAGUACUGUUCCUCCAUCGCCCAUCGUUAAUGAUAGUUGUGUGAGUAUAUAUAUAUUGUAUGUGUAGAGUUUCAGUUCAGGCCCCAUACCUAAAUUAGUGAUCGGACUCAUAUACAUGCACAUGCGUUUUCUCAGCGAUGUGGGUUAUCUGUGGAAAUGCAUUGAACAACCAUGAAAGGAGACUUUUAAAAUAGGGUUUAAAUCGUCAUAACUUGCCAGGCACUAGAUGUGAACAUUGGCACUGAAGCAGAAUGUCCUGAAGGUAUGAAAUGUUAUUCAUUUUACGGAUGAUGGAGUUUAUGAAUAGUUUAAGUUUAACGUCAGUUUUAAUUCUAGUCUAGCAUCGACUGCAUUGGACUUGGCUCCUCCGCUUACACUGCUGUGUUAUAAUUUGUAUAAUUUGCAGCUCCAUACGUGGCUUUCUAUGUCCAAAGACGUCCACAUCGCAAACACACGUCCUUUUCUGUGCUUGGCAGAACCACUAGGACAGUAACUUUGGCUUUUGGUGCGUUAGGCAAAUGGAAACGUUCUUAAACCUCUUAUAUGCUGUGAGCAGUCUUCCAUUUCAAGCCAAUCUUCCCUUUAUGAAGUCGAUACUGUAAGAUAAACGCUCGAUACAGAUUGUAAAUAAUAUUCUUAAUGCUAUUAAUUCGCACCAAAAUAAACUGGAAUACGGAAUUGUGCUGUAAGCAUCUGUACUGCAAUGAAACAAGUACACAAUAUGUAAAAUUGAUUUUCUUCCUUUAAGUCUGUCUUUCGUUAUUAAAACAAAGCUAACAUCUUAUGCAAAACCAAACCGAAAUUGUUAUUAGCCAGUGAAAUUCAGCCAGUGAAAAUGCACAUGUCAAACAGGACCAGUCAGGAUACAUGGUUAAAGCCUGUUCUUUUUCCCAGAUUAUUUUUUACCUUUAUUUUAAUUUCUCCACAGUCUAGUUUGUAUGUUUCUUUUUUUAACUUUCCAAGUGACAUUAAAAUCUGUAAAAGUCUAUAAUCAUCCUGCUAUAGGGGUGGAUUCAAUCACCAAGUGGAGUUUUGCAUUUUUGCUUGCAGGAUAUGGUUAAAAACACUUGAUUGGUGGGCAAAAUACUUACAAAAUAUCUUAACAUACUUACAGUUAUCAGAUUUUGAUUGGAUCCCCCUUUAUUUAUUUAUUUAUUUAUUUAUUUAUUUAUUUAUCUAUUUAUUUAUUUAUUUAUCAAUCUAUCAAUCAAUCUAUCAAUCAAUCAAUCAAUUCUCUGAUUUUACAGAGAAUUCUCAAAACCUACCAAUUAAAAAGAUACACAUGGCCUUAACAUUGGUUGCGCCUACUUCCAGUGUUUGUUUGAAAUAGAAGGGCUUCCUUGCUUCACAUUGCAGAUUGUUAGGAUUGUGUAUUCACUGGGAAAUAUACAUGUAUACGAGCUCCAUUUACCAGAACACUCUUGUAUACUUGUUGCAUCUGUGCAACGUUCAGGAAAACUCUGUUCACCUCUCUAUCUCUCCUUCGUUUCCCCUUCAGAAAGAGCGAACGGCUCAUUCCAUACCGACUCAACCACACAUGGAGUCUCUUAUUUGACCAGCCCUCAGAUUUUCCUUGAAAAUUUCAUUGACAGGUAAACUGAGCAGCCAGAGCCCUUGCUAAAAUGUUCAAGUUACCGCAUGUCUGCCCGGCUAAUUUAAGUGUUGAAAUGUUUUCAGAAGGAGGCAGGAGGAGUCGGGCACCGUGAGCAGUCUCAGAGAACCCUGGUAAUUAUCAGAUAACUACAUGAAAUAUGAAUUUACUAUUCAUAUGUUCAUUUAUUCAUUGGCUAGAAUUCGCUAGCCAAUGGUAUGAGUAACUAGCUGUGAGCAAAAAUGCUCUGCUAACAAAAGUCUGAAGUAGCUAACGGAAGGUUGGAUGGAUUUGAUGCUGUAUGUGGGUAGCACUGACAUACCUUGCAGUGAAUAGUCUGUAGCUGUGUAUAAGAUGCCUUUUGCUGUUUUAAGUAUAUGAAGUUAUCUUUUGGUGCCUAAUAGGUAAAGGUAGGAAGGCAUCGGCACGGCCUACAUUCUGGCCUUCUCUGCACCGUUAGGUGUUAAUUCAUUCACCGGUGAAGCUUCCUCCCUUCAGAAUGACCUUCGGCAGGUCAUAGGUCAAAGGGGAGAAAUCAAACAAAUAGUAUUUCUAAACUCGGCAUACCUGAAAAGCCUGAAAAGUGAAUUCUUCUAGAAAAAUCCAAAGGGGGUUGGGCAAUGAGUCUGGUUGAGUUGGUGUAGAAUAGCUCAUGUUGGCCAUAUUAAGCAUUUUUUACUUACUCAUUUACUGACUUAACUACUGACUGAUAAUGUUAUCAAUAAACAGUGUUCUGUUGAUUACAAAAAACUUAUUGUUGUAUAAAAUACCAUCAUUACCAUUGCAGAGAACAGUUGUCUUAAAUGCGUGCUAUUUUUCCCCAAAGUUUGUGACGGAAACAGAAUGAUUUUGGAAAAUGUUUUUUUGAUGAAUUUGGCUGUUUUGUAGUGUUUGUUUGAAGCAAUAUUGCUUUAAAAAAUUUCAAUAACUUUGGUGGUAAAUGUGUCAGAAUAUCUUUCUUUUAAAAAACACUUAAUAUUACUCAUAAUUACACUUCUUAGGUUUCCUGCAGAUAAGCCAUUGCCGUUUCAUCUAUGGGCUCGUCUUUGUAAAUGAUUUGUGCGUUUUAGUCCAGAGCAUUGCUUAUGUUCUCGGAUACACAAAUAGGAUCGUUUUUAACUUUUGUUUCUCCUACUUGUUUUUAUCCACUGAAAGUCUGAAAAUAAAAACGAUUACUGUGAUCACGUGGUGAACGCUGAAAAACAAGGCCAUAUUCUUACUCGUUUAUCUCUUUCAGCAUGUAUCUUUUUCAGUGGCAGUUGGAUUUUUAAAAUUUCAUUUAAAUCUUUGAAUGUUCCGUAUCCCCCGUCAGUUGUGAAGUGAGUAUGUGAAUGCGAGUGGAACAUUAUUUAUAAUGGCAGCACUAUGGAUCAUUGUAACCCCUGAUUUUAUCAUAGGAUGUUUUAAUCUUGUGUGAUUGAUCGCAAUAAAAUUGCAGUGGUUAUUAUUGAUCACAUAAGUUUUGAGCUGGUAAAAUUUUUAUUUGUAUCACGUUUAUUUGAUUUCGAGGUGGUGUCUUAUGGACCAAAUUCAAGUGUGUUCAUGUCAGUAAAUGCAUGUUUAAAAAAAAAAAAAUCAUUUAAUGCAGUUAUUUGAAAGUAUGAAUUCAUUUUUGUUCACGCAUUUAAAAGUAGGCCUUUGUCCAUGUGUGAGAUUCCUCUUAAUUUUAUAUGAAAUUGGAAAAAUGUAUAUUGUGUAUAACAUCAGAAGCCAUAACAAAAUGACCUUGAUGAGUCCCACGGUGUGCUUUUAUUACUGAUAGCAUUGUGUGUGUCUUCACUGCUGUUGCGCAUUGACCGCCAGUUCAGUCACAACACUGAUAUUCUUAUUCUGCUACCUUAUCUGUUUUUGGGAUUAUUUAUGGAAAUUAAAGUAGGCAUUAAUUUCAGUGACCCUUCAUUCAUUUUCAUUAUCAGUGAGGUGGUAUUUGAGUGAAUGUCUACGAACAGGAAUAACACUCAGACCCAAAUGUAGAUUAACUGGCAGCAACCAGAAUUCACUCGACGGCUUUAACUUCCAAAUAAAUGCAGUUCUUUUCUGGAAAGUUCUGAUAUCAACAAAAGUAUAGUAUAUAACCAAACGGUGAGAGGAAGCUACCCUUUUCUGGAAUGUUCUGAGAUCAACAAAAGUACGGUACAUAACCAAACUGAGAAGAAGCUACCCUUUUCUGGAAUGUUCUGAGAUCAACGAAAGUACAGUGCAUAACCAAACUGUGUUUGUGAAGAAAGAGAAACUACCCUUAUAGACAUCCAUGUACAAGUCAGAUUUAAGUAUAAAAUCAGCAAUGCCAAAGGAAACGUGCAUCACACCAACUCAUGAGAAGUCCGUCUUCCGCUUCACUUAAAAUGGAAACCUCAACUCUCUACCCGAGAAACUCUGUUCACUCACUUUUCUGUGGGACACUGAAAAUACCUUUCCAGCCAAUAAGCAAUUUUGGAUCAUUUUAUGGUUACUAUUCAACCAACCUAAUGGUGCUGCAGCAGUCUCCAUCCGUCCUUAUCUGUUUGAAUUCUGUCAGAACAGCUUGAAACUAUUUUUAGCAAAUAGCCAUUAAAGUGAAGUUUAUAUUACAUUGGGAAAUAUUCCUCCUCAAGUUUUUUUUUUUUUUUUUUUUUAAUAUAUAAAUGUGGCAUGACAACAGAAGUCUCCCCUGUACCUGUGUUUCUGUAUAUUACCGUUAUCGUCUGGCUGCUAUACGUUUGGUGUGUGAAUCGGCACUUGUAUGUCAUUGUAAUACAUGACGGUUCUGUUUUUUGGGAUUCAGCAAUUAAAAAGGACAUUGUUUACUAU